AUUUUCCUGAUAAAAUAAAUUAUAAAUGUUUUUUAUCGGCUCGCACAUACUGUCGCGUUUCCGGUGCAUCUGCAAUAAUGUUUAAUUAAAUUUCAAUUUUUUACGCAAGUUUCAAUUCUGACUAACUGUGCUACACAAUCUGUAUUUAAAAAAGUUAUCUAGAAUUGUUUUGUGUCAAUCAAGAAAAACACCUUUGAGUUUUUGACGAAUCAAUGCGCCAUCUAUUUGUUCAACUAAUUCAAUUCUUUCUAACUGUCUGUUUUAGUGUUUUCUCUACUAUCUGUGUCAUCUUUAGAAAAUCAUCUAGAAUUUUACUGCUGUCAAUGAAGAAAAACAUUUACCGUUUCAUGACCAUUGCGCCAUCUAUAAUAAUAUAGAUGCGUCACCUUCCGCCGUACGUCGCCCUGGGCAACGCAUGUUUACGUUAUCACCCAAAACCUUGAAUUAAGAUAAUUUUUGACGUAUCUUCGACGUCAUCAAAAUGGCAGCUGCAGUUUGUACUUCAUCACCAGAGGAAAUCGAGAGUUUUGUUACAUGUAGCAUUUGCCUGUGUGAAUUUGAUGAAGAAAUCAGGAAACCGAAAUUCCUACCAUGCGCCCACACACUUUGUCUCAAAUGUUUAACGGGAAUACACAAAAACUUUGUCAUUAGUUGCCCACUCUGUCGUAAAGAGUUUUCGUACCAGGAUGACGUCUCCAGCCUUCCAAACAAUUCUUACGCUCUGCACAUGCUCAAACUGACAGCAACUAAAGGCACAGAUGAAGUUACAGUCAAACCUAAUUCUCAAGAGAAACCAGCAGCAUGGUGCCUUACCUGCCGAAAAGUGGCUAAUAAGCCCAAAUGCUCAACUCACUCUGCUGUGGAAGUUUCAGCCAACACGAUCAAGAAUUUUGAAUCUUUCAUGAAACUGAAAGAAGAUCUCAAGAACUUGAUGGCUGAAGGUGAAACCAAAUUGUCGUUGGCUAUCGAAAAGAGGAAAGAAGUUCAAGCUCAUUUACACCAAGUAUCUCAAUGCCUGAAACUGGUCUUGCACGAAGUCAACCAGCAAGAAGAGCAAAACAACACCCUCCUCUGCGAGAUGAUUUCCCAGUUGGAGCCGUCCAACAAAGUCUCUGAUGAAAAGCCCAUCUCCCCCGCCAGCAUUGAAGUAAAAGAAGAAGAUCCUCAUUUGUCCCAAUUGGUAUCCCUCAUUAACGAAUCCAAACCAGAGAAGAGGAAGAGUCUGGAAGUCCUCAAGGAGAAAAUGAAGAAAUCACUCCAAUUAUGCGAGAGUAAAUUAGCCGAUGCUGUCGCUUUGGCCAAAGCUGUUCAAUACCAGAAGAAGUGUAAAAUUUCUGUCCGUCUUGCUGACUCGAAGAAACAGCCCAUUCCUACCUGGGGAUUGCUGGAAAGCGGAUUCGACACGUACUGGCCCUACGACAACAGCCUGACCCCGACCAAACGCGAUUUCCUGCUUCUCUCUCACAUCGUCUUUUCCAUUCAGAAGAGGGGCAUGAAGAUCAGAUCUAAGAAAUGAAGAGCAACCGUGUUCCUGAUUCAGUUGAAUGCUGACUUAAGCUGUAUUGGCUUGUUAUCCUUAUGAAAUCUUUUAAUUUUAAUAUUCUUGGCGCAGAGACUGACGAGCUGAAAAUAUUUCGCGAAAAAUUUGAGAACAAAUUUUGUAAUAAUAUUUUUUCAUUGGGUUACAUGUUAUUUUUAUCGUAUGAGAAUGUUUUUAAACUGCAGCGUUCAUGAAUGAUGAUCUGGUGGUUAUUUCAAAAUCCGAUGUGAUGUUUGACUCGCGGCCUCGUAAUUUUCGUUUCAUUUCAUAACAAAUUAAGUGUGCUGUUCCCAAGACAUAAAUACACCCGCAAACAAACUGGCUAAACAGUAGUAAAAAGAAACAAAAAAAA